AUUUUUUUGUGACUUGCCCACCGGGAUAUCUUUGUGAGAAGUGAAAGCAACACAAAAAAUCGUGAGAAAAUUUCUCCCAAAAAAGUCCACGAAUUUUUUGAGCUGGAAAAUUAUUUUAUUCCUUGACAAUUUUCCGUGAAUUUGCACCCUAAAUUACUCUUUUGUGUUUUCCUGGUGAAGAGGUCUGUGCACCUCCUUUGUGCAUUUUGUGGUUCACCCUGCAAGUUUGUCCUAAAAAAAAAAAGUUGCUGCACUUUGUGUUUAUUGGGAAAUUCACGAAGAUUUGUUUAUUCAAAUGCGUUUAGUCCUCAUUUAAGUGUAAUGCUAGUCAGUAGAACGAGCAGUUGCCAGCAAAAAGUGUGAUUAUUCGCGGACUUUUUCUUCACAUCCGGAAGUACUUUCGCUUGCGCGGGAAAUGUCUUCUCCGGGGUUAAUUGGACAAUUGGCUGGUGCUGUGGGGGCCACGGAGCCUGCCCUAAGGCUCCUCAUCUCCGUCGUAUUGGGCUACCCUUUGUCUCUGUUCUACCGGAAUUUCAUCUGGCCCCUUCCGGAGUUGCAGCAGCAUAUUUUUAUGAUAAUCUCCGGCAUGACAAUUUGCUUGUUUAAUUACGGCAGUGAUGUGUACCACAGUAUUCUCGCCAUCCUGGCCACGUAUAUCCUGAUAAAGGUUCUGGGGCCCACAAAGAAGCUCAUGAUUGCUUCUUUUGCCUUCCACAUGACUCACCUACUCUUUGGCUACAUCAUGACGGGUACGGAUAACUACGACAUUGUAUGGACAAUGCCUCACUGUGUCCUAGUCCUCCGACUAAUUGGUUUAACCUUUGACAUUUGUGACACAUUUGGAAGUCACAAGAAGGGCGAUGAGCCCAAGGAAAUGGAUGUUUAUGGGAUUAAGAAGAUGCCCAAUCUCCUGCAGAUUUCAUCAUAUACGUACUUUCCGGGAAGCUUCCUUGCAGGCCCCCAAUUUCCCUAUCAUCAGUAUGAGAGAUUCCUCGGGAAGGAAUUUGAGAAAUAUCAAGGAUUCGUCGAUGCGGGGCUCAAGAGAUUCGGUCUGGGCUUUAUGUAUUUAGCCAUUUUCCAGAUCUUGAAUAUCUUUGCAUCAGAUACGUAUCUUUUGUCUGAGGAUUACGCAUCAGCGGGGUACUUUAAGAGAUUAAUUUUCCUGGGAAUUUGGGGGCGUUUGACGCUGUAUAAGUACAUGUCAGUGUGGCUCCUGUCCGAGGGGGCUUGCACCCGUUUCGGGCUGACAUUCCGCAAUGUCAAGGAGGGAAAAGAAGACUGGUCAGCGGGAGAGAAUGUAAAGAUUUGGCGACUGGAGCAAGCCAAUAGGUUCACGCACUACAUUGAGAGUUUCAACGUGGCUACAAAUCACUGGGUGGCCAGACACAUCUACAAACGGCUCAAAUUUCUCGGUAGUCGUGAAAUCUCCCAAGCAUCCACUCUCUUCUUCCUCGCCAUCUGGCAUGGAUUCCACAGUGGAUACUACGCCAGUUUCGCCAUGGAGUUCAUUGUGGUCUUCAUAGAGAGAGAUUUCGAUUCAAUUGUGAAGGGUAACGAGAAACUCCGACGACUCCUCGAGCAUCCCCAUCUCCAGCCGGUUUACUUUGUUCUCCUCAAGUUCUAUGCCAUCGUGGGAAUGGGCUGGUGUCUGGUACCCUUUGCCUUCCUCAGCUUCUCCAAGUAUUGGGCAAUUUUCCGUGCAGUUCACUUCUUGGGCUACGUCUAUGCCUUGGCUUACAUUGGCAUUCACUUCAUCCUCAAAGCCCUCUUCCCGCGCGAUAAAUCACGGGCUGUGCCCGAGAAGAGUCAAUAACCAUGGGACAUCCGCAGCAUCCCCUAUCCGAGCCAUAGUAGCAAGCAGUACUUAUCCCAAGUAUAAGUAAACUUAAUUAGUAUCAACCCCCCCCCCCCCCCCAACAGUUUGUUGCAUAUUUGAGGUUUUAUCUCUCUCUCGCUCUUUACACCUCUUUCAAUCGACUAGUCGCGCCUGAAUGUAGCCAAAAAAGUACAUAGAGAUUCGAUAUGCACACUGAAAAGAAACAAAAAGAAGAAGUUUAUCUCACAAAAAUGUAUUUAUUUCACAUAUUAUUCGUCUCGGGACGCUAUAUAUAUUUAUGAAAUAAAGAAAAUGUAAUUGGACGUAGAAAAAA